UAUACUCUCAUUUUUGAAAAUGUUUGAACUUGAUAGUCAUCGCGAAGCAAGAAUUACUCGAUACAGUGAACUCUUGGAAGCAUUUGGAUCGUUUGAUAUUGAUAAUGUAGGGUCCUUGAAUAUAAAGUAUAUUGUUCCUGCUCUGAGAAAGCUUGGUUGUAAAUCGAGUGAAUCGGAAAUUUUAAAAGCAGUCAGGGCAGCUGAAAUCAGUGAAAAUUGUGAUAAAAUAAAUUUUUAUGAUUUCAAAAGGAUUUACCAGGAGGCAUGUAAAGGGGAUCCAAUGGUUUCCGCUAUAGGAAAUGCUGGUUCUAAAUCUAAUUUGUAUCAUUAUGGAACUUGUGGAGGUGCAGUGGAUGAUGACACCUUACACAGUGUCAGUGAAGAAGAACAAGUUGGAUUUUCUAGCUGGAUUGAGAGAAACUUACGAGAUGAUCCUGAAUGCAAAUGUUAUUUCCCAUUUCAGCCUGAUGGCAGUGAUUUAUAUGAGAAAUGUAAAGAUGGUAUAAUCUUGUGCAAAAUUAUCAAUUGUUCUAUACCUAAGACAAUCGAUCAUCGUGCAAUGAAUAGGCACUUGCCUUUAACUACUUUUCAAAUGCAUGAGAAUAUAACUUUAGCGUUGAACAGUGCAAGAGCUAUUGGUUGCAAUGUGGUUAAUAUUGGAGCAGGUGAUAUUUGGAAUGGAACUAGACAUUUAUUAUUGGGACUGCUAUGGCAAAUAAUCAAGAUUGGAUUAUUAAAGCAGAUAAAUGUAGUUGCACAUGCAGAACUAGCCACUCUACUUGAAGGUGAAGAAACAAUUAAUGAUUUUGCUAAGCUAUCCCCUGAAGAAAUAUUAAUUCGUUGGGUAAAUUAUCAUUUGAAGGGGACUGAAAGUGGUACACGUAUGGAGAAUUUUUCAUUUGAUGUUCGAAAUUCAGAAGUUUACGCUUAUCUUGUGGAAAAAAUCGCUCCACAGGAGAAGAAACCAUAUUUGCAUUCAGCACGUGCUAUCUUAGAUGCUGUUGAUCUUGUUCAACGAGCUGAAAUGGUCCUGCAAAACGCUGAACAAUUAAACUGUCGUGUAUUUGUUCGACCUGAAGACAUAGUCAGUGGAUCACAAAGAUUAAAUUUAGCCUUUCUAGCUAAUCUAUUCCAUGGAUAUCCAGCAUUAGAGAAACCACCAGAAGUUGAAGAACAAGUUGCAGAAAUUGAAGAGACACGUGAAGAGAAAACUUAUCGUAAUUGGAUUAAUUCAUUGGGUUUCCCUAAAAGUGUUAAUUAUUUAUUCUGUGAUCUAACUGAUGGAUUAGUAUUACUACGAUUAUUUGAUUCAGUACGUCCACAUACUGUCGACUGGACCGCGGUACAUGAACCGAUUUGUGAUACUCCAGCUAAAGCAAAUUUUCAAUGUCUUGAAAAUUGUAAUUACGUCAUUAAACUUGGUCGACAAUUCGGCUUCAGUUUAGUCGGUGUUGCUGGUGCCGAUAUAUACGAAGGCAAACAAAUAAUGACAUUGGCAUUAUUAUGGCAACUUAUGCGAGCUUACACAUUAUCGCUACUAACUCAAUUAACUGAAGCUGAUGCAGAAUUGACUUCAGGUAAAACUACAAACUGUACAAAUGGUGGAGCAUUGAAUCCAAUUGAAGAAACACGUAUUAUUGAUUGGGCUAAUCAAAAGCUGUUGAAUGCGCGGAAAUUAGUGAAAAUCUCCACAUCGUUGGGAUUUACUGAUCCAAAUUUAAAGAAUUCACAUGCUGUCAUUGAUUUGAUUGAAGCGAUUCGUCCAAAUACUGUGGAUUAUAGUCUUGUUCUGCCGGGAAAUACAAAAAAUGAACAAUUGAUAAAUGCCCAGUAUGCAAUAACUCUGGCUAGAAGAAUCGGUGCAACAGUUUAUGCAAUGCCUGAAGAUUUAGUUGAACUAAAGCAUAAAAUGAUAAUGACAAUAUUUGCUUGUCUAAUGGCUGUCGAUUUGAAACAGAAUCGUAAAACAUGCGAUUCAUGGAAAAAGAUAAAAAGACUUGAAAUUAUUGAAAAUAAAUCUCAUCACAGCUCAGGUGACUCAAGUCGAGAAAUAUUAGAGACAAAAAGUUACCGAUAUGUCGGUGUGAAUCAGAAAGAAAACUCACAGAACGGAGAUCAUGGGGAUGACACUGAUUAUGAAGAUGCUGGUGUAAUCGAUAAUGAUGAUGAUACGAAAUAUUCAACCUCAAAGUCUACUCUUCUUAAAGAUAUCCCUCGGCCACCGCCGGAGAAAGUCUACGUGAAAUCAUUUCGAGUCAAUUUAUCCAGUUGUCAAAAAUCACCUGUCACCUGUUUAGAUGAUCCUAAUCUACAGCAAAAAUAUCUGCCGAAAUCACCAUCAGGUGAUUGUAUAGAAGUUGAAAGUUUGGAUAGCCUGGUCACAGCGAAUUUAGUUAAAGCUGGAAGUUUACGUAAACCCCCGUCGCCUAGACGUUGUCAUUCUCCAACUACUAAACAUCACUAUGUGAAUCAUUAUUACGAAAAGUCAUCAUCAUCAGCGUCGAGGUCAUGGUCUCCAGUUGAUGGACGAAUAAAUUCUCCAAAUAAAACCUACACUAAACAUAUAACACAACUGUCGAAGUCAACACCUUCAGUUGAUCAUAUUGGCAUCAAUAAUGCGACACAAAGAAGCUUUUCACCAUCUCUUUCAACUGGUAAACAAAGUUGUUCACACUCAGGAGCACAAAGUCCUCAUGAACGUAGACGACAUGCUACUGGAGAUCGUGAGUUAGCUAUGACGACAGAGAGGGAAUUUACAGAAGAGAAAAUUAUUCAUAGUACACUAUACACUUUAACGUAUCCUAAAGAACAUACCAUCGACUUGAAUGCAGUCAAAAAUACAAAUAACUCAAAUCAUCAUGAUACUGGUGAUGAUGUUAGUAAUACGCUUAAAACAAAAACAACAACAACAUCUUAUACAACUACAACAAUAAGUAAUCAUCGGCCACAUGGUGGAGGUCGUUUAUUUUUAGCAACUGGUGCAAGAAAAGACUGAUAGAUUUUCAACUCUUUUUUUUCCUUCUUCAAUUGAACACAUUGAACAACAUUUUUGUUUUACUAAGCUAGUCUUCUUAUAUAUUGAUCACCUUCAUAAUUUAAUUCAGCAUCCAUGAUUACGCAUUAAUAAAUACGUGAAUAAAUUAUUAGAAAAUGUGGUUUUUCAAGAAGAAAAAGAACAGGAAAACGAUUGAGAAACUCUUGAUAAACAGCUUUACCAUUAUGUUUUAUUAUUAUUAUUAUUACUAAUCUUGUUAUCAUUAUUAUUAUUAUUUUGAUUAUAUGAAAUGAUUAUAAAAGCUUUUCUUUCUAAUUUAAGGAUAAUUCAUCCCGUUUUUUUCAGUAGUAAUGAAUCUUUUCCCAUGGGAAAAC